CUGAUUUAUUUGCACACAGGUGCGUGCAGCCCAUAUAACAGAUGAGGAAGGAGCUGAGCUGAAACCACUUCCACCACCACCUGUUAGAGUCAGUGUUCAGGACUGCAAAAUGUGUGCCAAUCUGCAAAGAGCUAUGGAGGACCUCAUUGCAGUGUUCCACCGCUAUUCAGGAAAAGAAGGUGACAAGUACAAGCUUAACAAUAAAGAGCUGAAGAAUUUGCUGCAGGAAGAACUCUCAGAUUUCCUGGCAGGCUCCAAUGAGUCUUCUGUGGUGGAGAAGAUCCUGCAUGACCUGGAUGAAAACGGGGACGGUGAAGUGGACUUCCAGGAGUUUGUUGUUCUGGUCGCUGCACUGACUAUCGCCUGCAAUGAAUUCUUUGUGGAUUUUGACAGGAAUUCCAAGAAAGGCAAAGAAGACUGUAGUUAAAAAUGUAUUUUGACAAAUUAAAUCCAUUCUUUCCAUAUAACAUGGUCAUGGUAGGAGUGUAAAGGUUUAAAUUAGUCCUUAAUGCAACACCUUGGAAUGUUGGGAAAAGAUCAUCACUGCUAAUCAAUGCAAUGUCUUAUGGGUUUUUUCCUUCAAAACAUCUUCCAUCCAAAUAAAAUAUUAUAAAGAUG